GGGUCAUUGCGCGGUUAAACACUUUGCAAAGAACAUUUACCGGUUAAACAAGGCAAAGCAUUGCAGCUCAGUUUUCAUUCUUAAGUAAAUCAUCAAUUGUAGGAGUCCUCAAAUUGCCUGGAUCUUCAAUUCAGCGGGGAAAACUUGGAAUUUUCCAUUGAGUACGGAUCAAGUUGGACGAAAAGUAAUUAUCUGUUAUACUUCAGAAUAAUCUUUUCACAGGCGGAAUUCAACGAUGGCUGACGCGUCAGAAAAGACUCCUCUCGAUGCAGCAUCAGCGCUAUCGCUGGGAAAACGUCACCUGUUGGUGUGCGACUACAACAAUGCCGUAAAUACUUUGGUCCAAGCUCUGGAACUCCUCGUCAAGGAUCAUGGCGAUCGUGCUGACGAAUUGGCCGAACCCUAUUUACUUUAUGGACGUGCACUUCUUGGCCUAGCGCGAGAGGAGAGCAACGUAUUGGGUGCCGGUGUCCCUGGCAACGAUUCCGACGAGGAGGAUGAGGCCGAAGAAGAUGAGGAUGGCGAUGAAGAGAAGAGCGACGAAAAGGACUCCAAUGAUGAAAAGAGCGAAACAACUGAAAAGCAAGAGAAAGAAACUACUCCCAAAGACAAUAUUUCCGAAAGUAAAAACGAAAUAGCUGAGAAUAAUGACGAAAAAAUGGAAAGCGAUGAAACUAAAGAAAAAACCGAAACUGUUGAGAAGGAGAAAAAAGAGGAAGUCACUGAAAAUAAUAAAAGCGAAGUAGCAGAAGAUAAAAUGGAAGUCACUGCUGAAACUGAGGAGAAAAAAGAAAGUCCUGAAACUAAUAACAAAAGCGAAAUAACCGAAAAUGAUAAAAUGGAGGUGACUGAAGAAGUGGAGAAGAAAGAAACCACUGAAACUAAAGAAGAAAGCAAAGUAACAGAAGAAAAGGAGAAAAUGGAAGUAACCGAGGAAGAGAACAAGAAAGAAGUCACCACCGAGGUAGAGAAGGACAAAAAGAGUGAGAAAACAGAAGAAAACAAAAAAGAAGAGAAGAAAGAAGAAACGAAAACGGAAGAGAAAAAGGUUAAAGAAGAAGAGAAGAAAACGGAGGAGAAAGAAGUGAAAGACGAAAAGAAAGCGGAAACAAAAACGGAAGAGAAAGAGAAUGGAGUAAAAGAAGAGGAAAAGAAAACGGACGAGAAAGAAGUGAAAGGAGAAAAGAAAACGGAAACGAAAACAGAAGAGAAAGAAAAAGAAGUGAAUAAAGACGAAAAGAAAACGGAAGAGAAAGAGGUUAAAGAAGGAGAGAAGAAAAUGGAAGAGAAAGAAGUGAAGGACGAAAAGAAAGCGGUGGAGAAGACAGAACAGAAGGAAGUGAAGGAAGAGGAGAAGAAAACGGAAGAAAAACAGGAAGUUAAGGAAGACGAAAAGAAGACUGAAGAGAAAAAGGAAGUUUCGAAAAAAGAGACGAAAAACGAAGUUGCUGAGAAGGCAGCCGAUGAAUCGAAGAAUUCCGAAAUGGAGACUGAUGCUCAGGAAUCAAAGAAAGAGAAUAAUAAAACAGACGAGCAAAAAGUCGAGGAAUCGAAACAAGAGGUAGAAAAAAAGGCUGAUGAUUCAACACCAAAAGUUGAUGGAAAGGAGGAGAAGACUGUAGAAAAUAGUACAACAAAAUCAACGGAUGAGGCUGUUCCUAGUUCGAGUAAGGUGACCACCAAUGGAGAAUCUUCCGCUGAAAAUGACAGUAUGAUGGAGAAUGGAGAGGACGACGAAGAAAUUGACAAUCUCCAGGUCGCUUGGGAAGUGCUCGAUCUCGCAAAAUUAAUAAUCCUUAAACGUGGACCAUCGGGCUGGAAAUUAUUAGCGGAAGCUCACAGAUUACUCGGCGAAGUGGCCAUUGAAGGUGGUAAUGCAAUUGGUGCAAUGACCGAUUUCGAAGCGUGUUUAGAUUUAUUACAAAAAAUUGAACCCUGCGAACCACGAGCAAUUGCCGAAAUUUAUUAUCAACUUGGUUUGGCUUACGCCUAUACAAAUGAAUUUGACACGAGUAUUGAAAAAUUCCAAGAGGCAAGUUCAAUUCUCGAAUCAAGAAUCAAGGAACUCGAAUUAAUCACCGAACCACCAAAAUCCGACGAUCCAUUCUACACAAUUGAAGGUGAAAUCAAAGAACUCAAGGAAUUAUUACCGGAAAUUGGUGAGAAAAUAUCCGAUAUGAAAGACGCAAAACAGGAGGCAUGCAAACGUAUUAUUGAAAAUAUUCGCGAAAAAUCAGCUGCUGGCAGUUGUUCAAAUGGCGCAAGUACAAGUUCUGCUGCUACUGCUGCCGCUGCCGUCAAUGGUGGCGGUGCAUCAUCCUCAGGUUCAUCAUCCUCGUCCUCCGGUCUAUCAAAGAAAUCAGUCAACGAUAUUUCCCAUCUUAUUCGUAAAAAACGCAAACAAGAAGAUAUGGCCGGCGGCGAUGAGAGUUCACCAUGCAAGAAACCCUCCACAGUAGAAUAAUUUUUUUUCAAUUUUUAAAAAAACCGUAUAAGUAUAAAAUACAAAAAACAAAAAUAAAAAUGUAUUUUGUAUAAAUUCCGUACCUCAAUUUUUAUACGCGAUCGUUUUUCUACUCUUUUUUUUAACGAAGAAACAUGAGACACUAAUGAUAAAUGUCUCAUCGACACAAUAUAUUUUUUUUAAUUUUAAAAACAAAACUACGAAAUAGUAACUAUAAGUCUUAGCCUUAAUGUUUUUUUUUUAAAUACUCGAUUAUAACUAUUCUUUUUUAUUUAUUAUUCAACGUUCUAGUUCAGCACCAAGUGUGAUAAUUUUUUUAAAUGUCUUUUCUUUUCGUUUUUUUUUCUUCUCUUUUUUAAGAAACGCUGUACUAUAUCCAGGAUAUGUAAAACGUUGUAAAACCUCUAAAGGCUGAUAAUAAAAUAAUGUUCGUUCUUUUCUAA